AAUCCAGUCCCUUCUAUCCGCAACAGAGCAGUACUGCUCCUCAUCAUCUCACCUCAAAGCACCCUUACAUCAGCACAUACCAGGGCAGUCACAAGCCAUUUAACAGGACUCCUGGAGACGUUCGUCUAUCUCACAUCAAGUCCAGUGGUGAGCAUGCUUCUUCUACACACCACUUUAGAAAACAAAAUCACGACAUCCAGCCUCCUCCCGCACACCAUGCCAUACAGACAGAUUUCUAUGACUGCAGCUCAUACAUAAAUGAUGGCGGCUCACACGUAAAUGACUUUGUCAGGUAUCUAGCUCGUCGUGAGCUUGUGGCUACAGGCCUGCUUCAAUUCAAUGACAAACCCCAAAAUUACAGAGCAUGGAAGCGUUCCUUUUUGACUGCCGUCAGAGGCCUUAACCUGGAGCCGAGUGAGGAGAUGGAUCUUCUGUUAAAGUGGCUCGGGAAGGAGUCAGCAGAACAUAUUGAGCAGAUAAGAGCAAUACACGUUAAUCGGCCAGAAGCAGGACUGGCCAUGGCGUGGGAAAGACUAGACCUUACGUAUGGCUCAGCUGAAGCAGUAGAAAAUGCUCUGUUCAAACGCAUUGACAGUUUUCCAAAAAUAAUAAACCGAGAUGGACCUAAGCUGACAAAGCUGGGUGAUCUACUAAUGGAACUGCAGGCCGCUAAGGCUGAAGGGGACUUACCAGGCCUGGCUUUCCUUGACACAGCGAGAGGUGUCAACCCGAUCGUACAGAAACUCCCGUUUCGUCUACAGGAAAAGUGGGUGGUAGCUGGUGCAGCAUACAAGCAUCAAAACCAGGUGAACUAUCCUCCCUUUUGCUUCUUUGUCGAUUUGUCAUCCAGCAGGCUCGUAUUGCCAAUGAUCCAAGCUUUAGCCUCAGCACCAAUACAGACAUAGUCCCCAGGACAGAGAGGAUACCGUGGAAGCCGAACAGGCAACGGGAGGUCUCCGUCCACAAGACAGAGGUAUCAUCCAGAGCCACAUUUGACACGGGUGAGUCUCCAACAAAACCUGACGGCAGUGAAAAACUGUGUUUGUUACAUAAAAAGCCACACCCUCUUCGGAAGUGCCGGGCGUUCAGAGAGAAGCCCAUUGACGAGCGCAAAACACUCCUCAAAGAAAACAAUGUGUGCUUUAAAUGUCUGUCUUCCUCAUCUCACAUAGCAAAGAAAAACUCAAUGUCCAGUGUUUCGAAUGUAAAAGCAACAGGCACAACACCGCGCUCCACCCUGGACCCGCACCCUGGCAGCAGGAAGCUGGCCCUGCUUCUGAGCACGGCGGGGAGGGAGAUGAAGCUUCAGCGCAGUCUCAGGUCACCAACAAAUGCACAAAAGUCUGCGGAGGUGAACUCACAGAUCGCUCCUGCUCGAAAAUAUGCCUUGUUAAGGUGUUCCCAGCUGGCCACAGAGAAAAAGCCAUGACGUUGUAUGCAGUUAUGGACGAGCAAAGCAAUAGGUCACUGGUUCGCUCACAGUUCUUCGAAAUGUUCCAUGACCAAAGCCCAAGUGCAUCUUACACACUGAGAACAUGUGCUGGAGUGAAGCAAUCAGCAGGCAGAAGGGCCAGUGGCUAUGAGGUGGAGUCUCUAGAUGGAGCUGUUCGCAUCCCAUUGCCAAGCCUCAUAGAAUGUAACGACAUACCGAACAACAGAGAGGAGAUACCAACCCCCGAAGUAGCUCUUCAUCACGUUGAUCUGAGGUCAGUUGCACACCUCAUCCCAGACAUUGAUCCGCAAGCCCCUAUCAUGCUUCUCUUAGGACGGGACAUUAUCAGAGUGCACAAAGUCCGCAAACAGGUGAAUGGCCCUCACAACCUGCCUUACGCACAGAAGUUAGACCUGGGGUGGGUCAUUGUUGGAAAUGUAUGCCUAGGUAAUGUUCACAGGCCACUGACAAUUAGCACGUUCCACACGAACAUUACAGAGCGGCAACGAUCCACUCUCUUUAAUGCAUGCCCCAAUGUGUUCCAUGUGAAGGAGAGGUUCAGUGACACCCAAGCCACCAGUGAGCCCCCAGCAUAUCUUGAGGACCAGCCUAUCUGCGAAACCGACCACCUUGGAUGCGCAGUGUUCAGGCGGAACAAGGACGACAACCAGGUGGCUCCUUCCAUUCAAGAUACAAAGUUCAUGGAGAUAAUGGAUGAGGGACUGCAAAAAGACUCAAAUAACGGUUGGGUGGCUCCAUUACCCUUUAAGAACCCACGGCCACGGCUCCCAGACAACAGACAACAGGCACUGAGGUGUCUCAUGUCUCUGAAACGUAACUUUGAUAAAAAGCCUAAGAUGAGAGACCACUUUCUCUCCUUCAUGGACAACAUGUUUCGGAACGGUCAUGCAGAGUUGGCUCCCCCUCUCAGCUCGGAUGAAGAAAGGUGGUACUUACCAACAUUCGGGGUGUAUCAUCCGAAAAAACCUAAGAAAAUCCGUGUGGUGUUCGAUUCCAGCGCCCAAUACAAUGGCUUAUCACUCAACAACGUGCUGUUAACUGGACCUGACCUCAAUAACACACUACUGGGAGUGCUGAUGCGGUUCAGAAGAGAGGCCAUCGCAGUCACAGCCGACAUAGAACAGAUGUUCUAUUGCUUCCGGGUAAGAGAAAAAGACCGUAACUUCUUACGUUUUCUUUGGUUCGAGAACAACGACCCCUCAAAAGCCAUCGUGGAUUAUCGCAUGAAUGUCCACGUCUUUGGCAAUAGCCCGUCACCUGCAGUGGCUAUUCAUGGUCUACAUAAGUCUGUCCAAGGAAACGAAUUCCAUGUCGACCCAGAUGUGCAGCACUUUGUGUUGCAUGACUUCUAUGUCGAUGAUGGGCUGAAGUCCCUGCCCACAGCUCAAGCUGCUAUCAGCCUGUUAAAAAGGACACAGGAUGUGCUCUCUAAAUCAAAUCUGAGACUUCACAAGAUUGCAGCGAACAACAAAGAGGUCAUGGACUCCUUUCCAUCCAGUGACCACGCGAGUGACCUCAAAUACCUUGACCUCGAUGCAGACGCACUGCCAUUGCAGCGCAGCCUCGGGCUUGAUUGGAAUCUCAAGACUGUUUCCUUUUUAAUGUCUCAAGUGAAAUCAAGCCCUACACACGGCGGGGUGUCCUGUCCACGAUCAAUAUGACCCGCUAGGAUUCGUUGCGCCCGUCACAGUCCAAGGCAAGGCUAUCCUGCGAGAGCUCACGACGGAGAACGGUGACUGGGACGCACCCUUACCUCCUGCAAUGAAAGAUGCCUGGACAUCAUGGAGAGCCUCUCUGUCUGAGCUUGCCAAGCUUUCCAUUCCAAGGUGCUACACAGAAGCCUCACCAUCAGCAGCGGUAAGAAGAGAACUGUGUGUGUUCUGUGAUGCGUCAGUCAAAGCUAUCGGUGCUGUGUGCUAUCUAAAAGUGACAGACAGUAAUGGCAACAACCAGAUUGGAUUUGUAAUGGGAAAAGCCAAGCUGGCCCCCCGCCCUGAACACACAGUGCCAAGACUUGAACUCUGCGCUGCAGUGCUUGCUGUUGAGUUAGCAGACCUGGUCUCAACAGAACUAGAUCUACAGCUUGAUGCUGUAACCUAUUACUCGGACAGUAAAGUAGUCCUUGGCUAUAUUUGCAAUGAGACUAGGCGCUUUUAUGUCUAUGUCAGCAACCGAGUGUUACGCAUCCGAAGAUCAUGCCGUCCAGACCAGUGGCGUUACGUGCCUACAGACAUGAACCCUGCAGAUCACGAACACGUUCCGUCCCUGCUAGCAAAUUGAAACACACCAACUGGUUAAGUGGACCCAAAUUUCUCUCCAAGCCAGAGCCCAGCAUUUCUGAGAGCACUUAUGACCUUGUGGACCCAAGCUCAGACCCAGAAAUCCGCCCCCUGGUGUCUGCCUUAAGCACUGCAGCCUCAUACAACCAGCAACUGGAUUCACAACGCUUUGCAAAGUUCUCUACCUGGAAGUCAUUAACUCGUGCAUUCACUCGCCUCAUUCACAUAGCUUGUCAUUUCAAGACAGCUCACAGAGAGAACACAGCAUGCAAGGGCUGGCAUUACUGCAAAGCUGAAUUUACAGUUGAGGAAUCGGAGAAAGCGUCAUCCAAGCAGUUCAAAAGGAAGUCUACAGCCAAGAGAUAAAGUGCAUUCAAAAACAUGAAAGGAUGCCAAAAACAAGCCCUCUCAGAAAUCUGGAUCCGUUCAUUGACACACUUGGCUUUCUCAGAGUCGGAGGCCGGCUUCAUUAUUCAAGUGUUGAUCAGGGUGAAAAGACUCCUCUUAUUAUUCCUGGCCAGCAUCACAUCGCCACUUUGCUUAUCAAACACCACCACAAACAAGUCCAGCAUCAAGGCCGUCACUUCACUGAAGGGGCAGUCCGUUCUGCUGGCCUUUGGAUAGUUGGAGGAAAGAAAAAAGUAAGCAGCAUCAUUCACCACUGUAUAACAUGCAGAAGGCUCAGAGCUCCUCUCGGUAUCCAGAAAAUGGCUAAUAUGCCAGCUGAUCGUCUUUCAACAGAUCCUCCAUUCUCUAAUGUAGGUCUUGAUGUGUUCGGCCCAUGGAUUGUCUCCUCGCGGAAAACCAGAGGCGGCUGCGCUCAAAGUAAAAGGUGGGCAGUGAUUUUUACGUGCAUGAGCAUAAGAGCUGUGCACAUUGAAGUCAUAGAAUCCCUCGACACUUCUAGCUUUAUCAACGCGCUACGGCGUUUCCUUUCAGUGCGUGGGCCGGUCAAAAACAUUCGUUCCGAUCGCGGCACAAACUUUAUUGGUGCCUGUAAGGAACUGAAGAUAACCUCAAACAUUGACAGCACUGCUGUAAAGACUUUUCUCUCAGACAAGGGCUGCAUCUGGUCUUUUAAUCCCCCACAUGCAUCCCAUUGGGGUGGAACAUGGGAGAGAAUGAUAGGGCUGGCAAGAAGGAUUCUGGAUGCAAUGUUUCUCCAGCUGAAGGACAAGCUCACCCACGAGGUGCUAGUGACUUUCAUGGCAGAAGUCGCAGCGAUCAUCAACGCCAGGCCACUUGUUCCAGUGACUAUGGACCCUGAUGACUCGUUCGUUCUCACGCCAGCUGCUCUUCUCACACAAAAGACAAACAGUGUGCCAGCUCCUGCUGGUGAGUUUGGAGUUUCAGACCUCUACAAGUCCCAGUGGAGGCAGGUUCAGCAGCUCUCCAACACCUUCUGGGACCGCUGGAGGAAACAAUUCCUCCCAACACUGCAGGCCCGCAAGAAAUGGCAGUCCACUCAGCCAAACAUUCAGCCUGGAAGCGUUGUUCUCCUUAAGAACAUUCAAGCACCUAGGAAUGAAUGGCCUCUUGGACUGAUUACUCAGGCCUUCCCUAGCAAGGAUGGGAAAGUACGCCAGGUUGAGGUAAAGAUUAUCAAACCAGGAGGGUCUGGCCUCUUCCUCAGGCCAGUCAAUGAAAUUGUUCUCCUUCUGCCUCCAGAGGCACAGUAAAUGGACUGUUUAGUAAAUGGACUGUUUAGUAAAUGGACUGUUUAAAAAAAAAAAGGAACUGUGCAUGGACUGUUGGGUGACGUGUGUCCACGUCAGACGGGGAGUGUUCUGUUCUUAACAAUAAGAAUAUAAACAAGAAAAAUAUAAAUAAGCAUAGUUUAGUUUCAGAAUAUAAACAUGCUUUUUUUAGUCAGCAUUUCUUCAUUCUAAAAUGUUCUAGGAAUAUGCAUUUCCUUUUGUUUAUAUUUAGGUAAUGAAUCAUGGUCAUUUUAAGAUCGCGCUGUUCUUUUUGUCCUAUUGCGUGAUCCGUAGUUGAGAAGUAAUCUCUCAUGCUUUCAUUUGCGUUCCCGCAGUUUUCCUCUAGUGCGUUACAUUCACGGUGCUUCUUUCGUAUCUAUCCUCUUCUCAUGUCUGACGUAGCAUCGUCGGUAUGUAUCAUUUGUUUUGUGAGAUUAUUCCGAAAGUAUUAUGUUGUUUUUGAUGAUAAUUUACGUGUGUAAAGUGUAAUCUGAGGAUGUUUUGAAAGUGCGUGAAUUACGUAUACGCAAGCUCUCACGUGUUUAUUUGUUAACGAGCUGCACGGUAAAGAUGUUAUAAUGUCGUGAAUGUAGUUCACGUUAGUAUUUAUUUUAGUACUUCGUUUAGUAUUUUCAUAUGUAUCUCUUUUUAGUUUUAAAAUGAGUACAAACGGAAAAACAACAUUUAUUGUGCAAUUUGCUUUUAUUUAUGGGUAAUUUGUCAUUGCUUUUUUGUGUGUUGCAGUUUUACUAUUUUCCUUGUAACUGCAUUAAACCUGUGGAAUUAAAUCAAGCUUCAGAGUCAUGGGGUUGGGAAAAAGUUUAGCUGGCUGUCAAGAUAUAAAGUAGACAUAUCGAGGACGGCACAAAGACUAUGCAGCGUUUAAUGUUUGGAAGUACCGACAUUACUUUGAGUUUAACCCAGUUAAAGGUGACAAAAACAUCAGCGUCCGCUGUACACUCUGCGUGGGAAUAAAACUUUUAUCCACAGCGAAACAUUCCACCUCAAAUCUAAGCAAACACCUAGCAAGCCGGCACAGGAAUGUGAAACUUACUGAAAAAAAUCCUGAAUCCCCAGCUGACAUGACCGCUGCAGUGCGACUCCAUCUCAUACACGUUCACGCGAAAUCUGAUGUAAAACAACAGAAUAAAUAUCUGUAUUUCAUGGAUUAUAUGCAUUUGUGGACAAGCUGACAUGACCGCUGCGGCUCCAUCUCAUACACGUUCACGCGAAAUCUGAUGUAAACAGCAGACUAUAAAUCUGUAUUUCAUGGAUUAUACGCAUUUGUGGACAAAAAUGGUCAUUUGAUGAACUUUAUUAGACUGCUUUAAUGGGUUAUUCACACAUCUGAAUUCUGAAACAGAAUGGAUUCGACUCGCAAUCGUAACAUUAACACCAAGGACGGUGUUCGAGUGUGUGACGUCAUGAUUGUGAGGACUUUCACCUGUGUGGAUGCUGGCGCCAGCGGAUAUAAGCAGUUCUCUUUUGAGUGACGUCUUAGUUCCUGUUUAGUUGUUUGCUUUAAUCCCUGUUUUAUUAUUUACUUUAAUAAAUGUAAUUCAUUCUUUCUUUCAUCCUUA